CCAGUGACCUCCCCACGGUGCGCUUCAGCAGCUACUUUCUUUUUCAGUCUUUGUUGCAGGGGAGGGGAGGGGUUCCGAGGAGAAGUCGAAGGCAUCUGGGAGAGGCGCUGCAAGGGAUUCUCCGGGCCAUGAGAGAGAGAGAGAUCCGGAGGCACAGGCAGAGCCCGGGCAGAGCUGAUUGAGCGCUGGGGCGCAGCGCGGGGAAUCCGGUUUGCUGUGCGCCCCACCCCGCCUGUUGAGCCAGGAGACCGGACUUAAGCGCCGCGGCCGCGCGGGCGGUGGGUGCACCGGCGCAGGGACCCGCAGGUGCCACGGCAGGGUCCCCUCUCCCGCCCCCAAAGCCCACUCUUUGUGCGCUCUCGGUGCGGCUGUGCGAGGCGCGCCCCGGAGCUGCCGGCGAUCCGGGAACGAAGCCCCGAGGUCCGGGAAGCCACCGAAUUCCACAUAUAAGUGAUAUGUGAAAUGUUAGACUUUAGCCUGGACGAUUGAAGUUCCAUCAGCUAAGGAGGUUUUUAUGUUCUUGUUCGCUUUCUAAGGAACAGGAGGUGCCUCCUCUGUUCUGAGCUGCUCCUGCCUGUAGACGCGCGGGUCACGAGGGUCCCUGGUCUGUCGUGGCUUCUGUGUGUCUGUCCCACCUGAGAGCAGCUCCCUGGGGGGCCACCCAGGUGGGGCCGCCAGCACCAUGUUCUGCACGAAGCUGAAGGACCUGCAGAUCACGGGGGAUUGCCCCUUCUCUCUGCUGGCGCCGGGACCCGCGGCCAAGGAGCCGGCGGAGGCGGCGGCGGCGGCGGCCGGAUGCUCGGAGGCCGGGACCGCAGCCCCGCGCGCGAGCAGGGGCGUCCCCGAGGGGCGCGCGCACGGGGGGCUUCCCCCCAGGAAGACCAGCCGCAGUCGCGUCUAUCUUCAGACUUUGGCCGAGAGCAUUUGCAAACUGAUUUUCCCGGAGUUUGAGCGGCUGAACCUUGCCCUCCAGAGAACACUGGCAAAACUCCAAAUACAGGAAAGCAGGAAAUCUUUGGAAAGAGAAGACUUUGAAAAAAUAAUUGGGGACCAAGCAAUUGCAGCAGGAGUUCCGGUGGAGAUCAUCAGAGAGUCCCUGGGUGAAGAGCUUUUUAAAAUAUGUUACGAGGAGGAUGAAUACAUCCUAGGUGUGGUCGGAGGAACCCUCAAAGAUUUCCUGAACAGCUUCAGCACGCUCCUGAAACAGAGCAGCCACUGCCAAGAAGCGGAAAAGCAGGGCGGGAUUGAGGACGGGUCCAUCCUCUGCCUGGAUAAGGACGAGGACUUCCUCAGUGUCUACUACUUCUUCCCCAAGAGAACCACGUCCCUGAUUCUGCCCGGCAUCAUUAAGGCGGCGGCCCACACGCUGUACGAGACCGAGGUGGAGGUGUCCUCCAUGCCCCCCUGCUUCCACGCGGAGGGCGGCGACGUCCUGCAGCAGCCCUGCCUGCUCUACUCCGUCCGCGUCACCAGCGCCAGGCCCGCCCCGUCGCCGGCCCCGGGCAAGCCGCCGUCCUCGCUGGUGAUCCCCGUGUCGCUCUUCUGCAAGACCUUCCCGUUCCACUUCAUGUUUGACAGAGACAUGGCGAUUCUGCAGUUCGGCAACGGCAUCCGGAGGCUGAUGAGCAGAAGGGACUUCCAGGCGAAGCCCCGCUUCGAGGAGUACUUCGAGAUCCUGACUCCCAAAAUCAGCCAGACGUUCAGCGGAAUCCUGACCAUGCUGAACAUGCAGUUCGUGGUGCGAGUGAGGCGGUGGGACAGCUCCGUGAAGAAGGCUUCCAGGGUCAUGGACCUCAAGGGCCAGAUGAUCUACGUGGUGGAGUCCAGCGCCGUCCUGUUCCUGGGGUCGCCCUGCGUGGACCGGCUGGAGGACUUCACGGGGCGCGGGCUCUACCUGUCGGACAUCCCGAUCCACAACGCGCUGAGGGACGUGGUCCUGAUCGGGGAGCAGGCGCGCGCGCAGGACGGCCUGAAGAAGCGGCUGGGCAAGCUGAAGGCCACGCUGGAGCAGGCGCACCAGGCGCUGGAGGAGGAGAAGAGGAAGACGGUGGACCUGCUCUGCUCCAUCUUCCCCGGCGAGGUGGCGCAGCAGCUGUGGCAGGGCCAGGUGGUGCAGGCCAAGAAGUUCAGCGACGUCACCAUGCUCUUCUCGGACAUCGUGGGCUUCACGGCCAUCUGCUCCCAGUGCUCGCCGCUGCAGGUCAUCACCAUGCUCAACGCGCUCUACACGCGCUUCGACCGGCAGUGCGGGGAGCUGGACGUCUACAAGGUGGAGACCAUUGGCGAUGCGUACUGUGUGGCUGGGGGGUUACACAAAGAAAGCGACACUCACGCCGUCCAGAUCGCGCUGAUGGCCCUGAAGAUGAUGGAGCUCUCUGACGAAGUCAUGUCGCCCCACGGGGAGCCCAUCAAGAUGCGAAUUGGACUGCAUUCCGGGUCAGUUUUUGCUGGAGUUGUUGGGGUUAAAAUGCCCCGUUACUGUCUCUUCGGGAACAAUGUCACCUUGGCGAACAAAUUCGAGUCGUGCAGUGUGCCGCGGAAAAUCAACGUGAGCCCCACCACGUACAGACUACUCAAAGACUGUCCUGGUUUUGUGUUUACACCUCGAUCCAGGGAGGAACUUCCACCAAACUUCCCCAGUGAAAUUCCCGGAAUCUGUCAUUUUCUGGAAGCUUAUCAACAAGGAACCAAUUCAAAACUGUGGUUUCAAAAGAGGGAUGUUGAAGAAGGCAGUGCCAACUUUUUAGGCAAAGCCUCGGGGAUAGAUUAGCAAAAUGCAUCCCCAACGGUCAGGCUUUGGGGUUUGACUCCUUGGAGCGUGCGUGGAACCUCUGAAAGCACUUUGCGCUUGCGGGGGGGCGGAGGGACUAAGAGACCAUCUACUUUUCCUUCCUCUUAAUGGGACAGAAAUACAUUCACUUCAGUACUUCAAGUCUUCAGUGAAAAAAAGAAAGAAAGAAACCUCAAACAGUGACUUUGGGAGGGGAGGUGUUUCUGUUACAUAACAAUCAGUUAUUACCUGUACUCAAAGUUCAGCGCCUGUAUGUCAGGUGAUUGCAGGGACCGGGCAGCCUGCUGAGUGACCCGCAGUCGUGCCCCGGGUGGGACACCAUGGUUGUUAAGGUGUGCUUGUGAUAGUAUUGUCUCAAAACAGCAUUUUGAAUAGAAAUGAUAGUCUUCAAUACCUUAAGCUCUUUGAACCUGUCAACUCUGCAUUUUGUUACUUUUCCUCAUUUCACUGUUGGCAUAUAUAACAAAAUAGAUUGAGGGUUUUUUCUGCUGCACUUUUCUGUUCCAUUUUCUCUUUUUUUAAAGAAAGUAAGCAAUUAUGGGUUAGCUGCAAUAAGACUAUAAAGUAGUUCUUCUGUAAAUAUCAAAGAUUAUUUUAUAAGAAUAUUCGCCGUAAUAUCAUGUGUCAUAAUAAAUGUUUCCUUUUUUGAUAUUUUAAAAAUUCUACA